AGCAGGAAAUGGCCGAUGUGGUUGAUCACUUUCGAUUCUCAUCGGGAAAGCGAUUCAAAUUUCACAAACUUCCGUUCUUUUAUUUUUUUCUUGACAGACGGCGCAUUCAGCCCAUCCUCCCCGUCUUCACGUAAGACCCCCCCCCCAAAAAGGACAUCGUGCACACAGCUCCGUCCAGGCGCGACAUACACGGAGAUUCUCAGCUGCAAAUCGCAUCUCUUUCACGCAAGUAAUUAUCGUUUCUUGGGUCACGGUUCCAACCUGAGCUCUGAUUCCUUGUGUGAUCCUAUGAAAGUCGUUUAAUCUGCCUGCAUUCUGAAGGUAAACAAUGGAGCCCAGCAUCACAGAUAUGAUCUUGAAGCACUUGGAAGAGCUUGGUGAACAGGAUUUCAAACGAUUUCGUGAGAAACUGAGAGAACAUAAAGUACAUGGGUUAAAGAUUCCAUGGAGUGUCCUAGAAAAGGCUGACUAUUACGACACAGUUAAUAAUAUAGUUCGAUGUUUUGAUGACAAUGCUGUGGUGGAGUCUGUGAAAAUCUUGGAGCAUAUUGGUAAUAGGAAUGUGGCUGAAAAACUUAGAGCUGAACAUAAAGCUUACGGAAGUAUGCUUCAAGGAAGGCGUGAUGAUGCUCUUAGAAGAUACAAGGACAAAAUCAAACAGAAAUUUGAAAAAGUUAAAGAUCAUAACAGUGACUGGGCAGAAUACAAACUUCUUGAUGAGGAAUAUACUCAACUUCGGAUACAAACAAAGGGUUGCACUAGAAGCGUCAAGCCAAAAUUAGUUAGGCAGAGGACAGUGGACAAUGAUUCCAACUUGAAAGAUCUCAUAGCUCCUGAAAGAAAUAAAAAUCUAGUGCUGAAGGGUUCAGCAGGAAUGGGGAAGAGCUAUACAAUACGCAAAGUCAUGCUGGAAUGGGCUUCUAAUAUGGCAUACUGCAUGUUUAAUUAUGCCAUCUACUUGGACUGCAAAAAUCUCAUGAACAUAGAAGAAGACAUUAGCCUUGAUAAAUUACUGUUUCAAGAUUGUGAAGAUUUGAUGAAUGAAGAAAUUGAGAAAGUGCCAGAAAAUGUAUUGAUUCUAAUUGAUGGCUUGGAUGCACUAAAUUUAACUUCCAAUAGUUGUCAGAUUAAAACUACAAAUCGCUCAAAAUCGCCUUCCCUUCACAUUUUACAUUUACUUCAAAAAAAGGAAUUAAGUGGUUGCUACUUAUUAAUAACAAUUCGCUCUGCUAUUGCAGACCAGAUUCCAGACCAAGAGAAUAUAGACCAAUGGGCUGAAAUCCUGGGCUUCCCUGAAGAAAGUAUUGAAGAAUACUUCCAUAAACAUUUUGAUGAACCUGAGCAGGCAACUGCAGUGGUUGAGCAAGUUAAGGCCAACAAAAAAUUACUGGCCAUGUGUGAGACUCCUCUCACUUGCUGGGUGGUCUGCGCCCUCUCCAAGUCCUAUGAAGUGACAAGUGAUUCACUGACACACAUAUUUGUGAAUUAUAUCUAUAGUCUGCUAAAAUACCACAAUUCUACUUUAGAUAAAAAAGAAGCCAAAACAAUUCUUAUGAUCCUUUGUGAGAUGUCAAAGGAAGGCGUCGAGAAUAAUAAGUGGGAUUUUCAUGAAGAACAGCUACUGAACAAAUUCCAGAAUUUGACAUUCCCCACCAACUUCCUGAAUAAAGAGUCCUAUCAAUGUGGAGUCUCAAAGAAAAUCAAAUACUCCUUUGUCCAUAGAAGUGUUCAAGAAGUUUUGGCUGCAGUCUUCAUUGCUAGCAAUAAAGCCUUAUGUAGAGAUUUCUUAAAUAAGUCACUUUCCUCACCUCACCAGCGGGACACCAUUAUAUACCUUUUUGGUCUUUGCAAGGAUGACACUUUGGAACCAUUUCAAAAUUUCAACCUCCAAUGUUUUACUGAGCUGAAGUCCCAGCUGUGCAGCUGGAUAAAAGAAGCUGUGAAGUAUCUUAAAAAGAGACCACGGGAUAGUCAUCUACUCCAAGACAUAAUGUUUUGCCUUUAUGAGUUAAAUGAUGAUGAGUUAACAAAGAGUACUAUGGGCUUACUUGAGAUGAUUGAACUGUAUGACAUUCCCCUGAACAAGCGUGAUUUCCUGGUGUUAAACUACUGUCUCCAGCAUGCAAAGUCUCUCAAAAAACUGAUUUUGGCAAAUUGUAACUUGAGACGUAAUGACGUGGAAACGUUGCUGCCUCACCUUAGAAAUGUCCAGCAGUUCACCAUUGAAAUCUGCGAACUGAGCAAAGAAUCAGUGAAACUUCUGAGCCACGAAAUUACAAGAAAUUGUCAACCAAUGAAGCUGCACCUGUCCCAGACACCAGCGAGCGAUGGACUCAUUUUGAAAUGCAGCUCAUCUGAAGAAGACAUGAAGAGCAUAUUCAUUCAAAAUGUGCCAGAAAGCAUUGUCUUCCUCAGAUGGUUUCUACAUGACUGCAAGUGCUCACCAAAUCAGCUCUAUUUCCAUAAGUUGCACGACACAGUUGUGGUUGAAAUGUGCACGAUACUCAAAGAAGUCCAGUGCCAGUUACAAGUGCUCAGUCUAAAGCACAAUGUCAUAACAGAGCAGUGUGUGACCGCCCUCCUGGACCUGGCAGGGACCAUGGUCAGUCUUGUGGACUUGGACCUAGAAGAUUGUGAAAUGGGUGACAACCUGGCAAGUCUACUGUGUGAUGGACUAAAGACUACCAAGAUCCACACACUAGGGUUAAUAGAAAAUGCUCUGUCUGACAUGUGUAUUCCAGCCAUCUGCUCCCUUAUUGAAAAAGGCACACUCUCCACAUUGCAUCUUUACUCCAACAAACUCUCUGAUGAAGGAGUGCAGAAAUUGUUUCAGUCCAAGAAGAGCCCCAGUUCUCGACUUAAAGAUCUUGGUCUGGAAAACUGUGAUAGGAACAGCCAGUCUUUUAAUUUUAAAUCAGCCCUGAGCCGUGUGACUUUAGCCAGCAGGUUCUUGAGAGCACUCCGCACACAGAAACAUUAACUUCUGAAACUUGUUCUGUGAAGUACUUGUGGCUUGUAAUGGACAGAACUGACCUCCUGACACGUCGCCUUCAAAAGCUGUUUGUUACCAUGAGUUUGUUUGAGCUGUAUAUACAGUAUUUGUAUUCAAGUAGAUUAAGGCAUCUAAAAGACACUGUGCAUCUUUUAAGCAAUGACACAGAGCACUUUUGGGAGUGUAAAUUCUUGGACAAUUGUGUUUUUUUGUUAUUAUUUCCUUUUGCUGAAUACAAAAUCUUUGUCUCAUUUCUAAACUAAAAAUUUAAUAAGGCAUUAUAAUAAUAAUCCAGUUUCACCCUUUAAUACCUUGAUUGUAGAUAACAAAUUUAUGUUAUUUAGUAGUAGAAAUGUUAUACCUUUUAUAAAAUAAUUAUGGAAAGAUCUAGGUGUCAAGUUUUAGUGAUGUGUAAGUUCUGUUUCGCUGUAUUUUACUUUUGUAUUCCUGUAAAAUAUAUAUUUUGAUUAUA